UUUAGUGAUUUGUAAGUAAUUAGCAAGAUUUUAAAAUCUAUAUGAUGUUUAACAGGAAGCCAAUGCAGUGAUGACUAGGGUUGGGUACCGAAACGCGGUGCCAAUAGGGAACCGGUUCCGACGUAAACGGUAGUAACAAGACCGAAUAAGAAAGACAAUUUCGGUGCCUGAUUUCGGUGCUUUUUUACCGCCCCCUGGUGUUCCGGCAUCAACUUGCGUGACGUCAGUGCCGCUACUCGGCACACUUGUUGAACUGAUAGCGAGAGGAUUAAUGAAGAUGCCGAAGGCAAAACGCUCCAAGGUUUGGCUGCAUUUUACGUGUAAUAAUGCAGACUCUGCGACAUGCAACAAAUGCCAUAAAGCAAUAUCAUGCAAGGGAGGUAACACUUCAAAUUUAAUGAAACAUAUGGCGACACAUGGAGUGUACUUAAAAGCCGAACAAUGCACCAUGUUUGACAACCUACUAGACGCAGAGCCAAGCAUGUCAACAUCAGCAGCUAGUGUUGGCCUCGCCGCCGGACAAAUUGAAGAGAGUCCCAGCCCUGCCAGUGUGGCGAUGGACAACACAGAUGAUGAUAACAGCAGCUGUUCCUCUUCGGUUACAACAGUGACUCCUUUCAUCAUGGCUAAGAAGGCUGCACUAACCAAAGAGAAGGUGCAGGAAAUCCACAGGGCAGUCACCAAAUUUGUGGUGAUGGGGCUUCAUCCAUUUUCCACGGUGGAAUUGCCAUCUUUCAGGAAGAUGUGCACUGCCCUAAAUCAUAGAUACCAACCACCAUCCAGGGAUGACAUGUCCAACACGUACAUACCCGCGUGGUAUUCUGUUAUAAAACAUAAUGUCAUCCAGGAGCUGGCGCAUGUCAGCAAAAUUGCAAUUACUUGCGAUGGAUGGACCAGCGUGGCACAGGACCACUAUCUAACAGUGACUGUCCAUUACAUUUACAAAGGCAGCAUCCAGCAGAAAGUGCUGAGCACUGAAGCAGUUUAUGAGUCCCAGACAGGGCCAGUGGUGGCACAGGAAAUCCACAGCAUUCUUGAGGAGUUCAAGUUGACUGGAAAAGUCAUAGCUGCCACAGUAGACAACGCAUUCAACAUGGAUGUUGCCCUGAGAAACUUGAAAUUUUUAAAAGUUGGGUGCUUUGCCCACACACUCAACCUGGCAGCACAGAAGGUGUACGGCAUCCAAGCUGUGACUCGGUGGUGUGCAAAGAUUCGCGCAGUGGUGGUGUGGAUGAAGCGCUCCACCAUGAGCAAAACUGUCCUGAGAGAGAAGCAGUGACUCCUCAAUUUGCCAGAGCACAAUGUUAUCCUGGAUGUGAGGACUCGCUUGGAUUCUCUAUACCUCAUGGUGGAGUGGUUUGUGGAGCAGUUCCCUGCAAUCCAGGCAGCUUGCCUCGAUCAAAGGGUAAGGAGGCCAAUGGAGAGGGACAGACUAGAAAGGCUUACAGAGAGUGAUUUCGAGAAGGCCGAGGAAUUCAUGAAAUGCAUGAAAGUCUUGUACACCUCAACCCUCUGCGUGUCAAGUGACAAGUACCCCACAUGCAGCCAAAUCAUCCCAAUCCUCACAAAGCUGGAGGCACACUAUUCAACCUCUGAUGAUGACAAUGUCUUUGUGGCUGCCAUAAAAGAGAAGGUCUGGGGAGAUCUCAAUAAAAGAUACCAGGAUCAGGACAUUCAGAACUUCCUUCAGGAGGCCACAUUGAUGGACCCUCGCUUUAAAGGCAGGUUGGAAGCUGGUGUUGCAGAAGCUUGGGAUAGGCUUGAGAAAGCAGUGAUUGACAAUGCCACAGCAACUCAGCUUCCAAUAGAGGAGGACCCUCAUCAGACUGAGGCAGGUGAGGAGGACCAAGCAGGCAGAUGUAUGUCAGCCUUGGAGCAGUUGUUUGAGGAUGAAGACCGAGAACUUCAUACAACUCAGACCACAAGCAGCGCCCUCUCCAUCACAGAGCAGGUCCAGAAAGAGAUCGAGAUCUACAAAGGCCUGCCAGCCAUCCCAUCUGGACAAGACCCUGUGGCCUGGUGGGGGGGUAAGAGGGAUACCCUCCCUAAUUUGUCUGUCCUAUCAGAGGUGUACUUGUGUGUGCAGGCCUCAUCAACCUGUGUCCUGUGCUGGACAUGCUAUAAGUCAGGAAAGAUGCCGUAUAUUGCCAGAGAAGGCCAAUAUGGUGAUAUUCCUGCAGAAGAAUUGUUAAAAACUGAUGUAAAGUGUCCUCAUCACCAGUCACAAAAGCUUCUUUAAAUGUGCAAUACUGUUGUGAAUAUCUUGUUCUAUAUUUGUGUUUUAUUUGUUUAUAUUCUAAUAUAUUUAAGUUGUUGCACUGUUCAGUUCAGGUCAUUAGGAAGAGAAAAUGGAGAUUAGAUUACCCUGGUUGUAAUCUCUAUUAAUCUCCAGUAUUAUUAUUUUGUUUGAUACAAUAUUGUUUUAUGUGAUAUUAUGUAAAUGUGAAUUUUAAUUUUAUAUUGGUUUAUUUAUUAUUACCAUGUUACUUGUUUAAAGAUUUAAGUUAAUAUUGUGUCCAGUUUGGCCCUGUAAAUAAAAGGGUAUUAUUUUUUGACAAAGUGUGUGUGGUUUUGUUUUCUUAAGUACCGGUUCAAGAACCGUUUCAGCACCGGAACCGUUUAAAAAAU